AGUGUCGGAGCGCCGAUGGAACGGAUGGUGGGCGGAGCACGGAGUGGUUCCCCCCUUCCGGAGCGGCGGCGGAUGUUGGGGUUUGAAUUGUCUGUCAGUUAGAGCUGCCGGCGGCAUGGCCGCCGCACCGCGUUGUUGAGGGGGACGUGAUAACGCGUUCGGUGGGCUGAGGCUGUGCCCUGCUGCCUCUCGCCUCGGGGUUGGCUGAGCCUGGGGGCUAGAAGCCUCAGGAUGAGUAAAAACUGUAAUUUUGGCAUUCAAAGUUCAUUCUGUGUUCUCUGCGGACGGACUGAUGACUGCCCUGAAAAGUAUGGAGAAAAAAGGACCUAUGAGAAACACAAUCUCACUGUUCAUUAUUACUGUUUGUUGAUGUCAAGUGGUAUAUGGCAGAGAGGGGAAGAAGAUGAAGGUGUAGAUGGAUUUUUAAUCCAAGAUAUUAAAAAAGAAGUAAAUAGAGCAGCAAAACUGAAAUGUAAUAUCUGUAGGAAAAAGGGUGCUUCAGUUGGAUGUGUAGCUCCCAAAUGCAAGCGAAGUUACCAUUUUCCUUGUGGGAUACAAAAGGAAUGUAUUUUCCAGUUCAUGGAAGACUUCAGAUCAUACUGUUGGGAACAUAGACCAGUCCAAAAGUUUCUGGAUAAAGAAUCUGGAGGAACUUCACAGUGUACAAUAUGCCUGGAUUUGGUUGAACAGCUCCCAGCAUACAAUGUAUUGAAAAGUCCUUGCUGUAAAAAUGCUUGGUUUCAUCGAGAAUGUUUGCAGUAUCAAGCUUUGAGUGCUGGGAUAUUUUUCUUUAGGUGCACAGUAUGUAGUAACAUGGACAAAUUUCAAAAAGAAAUGCUGAGAAUGGGCAUACACAUUCCAGAAAGGGAUGCAUCUUGGGAACUUGAAGAGAAUGCAUAUCAAGACCUACUGCAAUGUUAUCAACACUGUGACAUUAGAAGAUGUCUCUGCAAGAAAGGAAGAGACUAUAAUGAACCUGACAGUAAAUGGGAAAUAAAGCGUUGUCAGUGUUGUGGUUCCCGAGGAACUCAUUUGGCCUGUUCAUCUCUGAAGUCAUGGGAGCAAAACUGGGAGUGCGUGGAAUGCAGAAGUAUCUUCGCAAAAUCAGGGAACUAUAGCAAACAGAAAAAGCGUUCUUUGGCUACCUCUGAAAAGACAGAUGGGACUUGUUUGCUGGAAGAGCCAUCUCCAAAGUGUCCUCGGCAGUCACCUGGAUCUCAGCGCAGUUUUCUUCUCCAAUCACCAAAGAUAAUGUGCCACAACAGCUUGUCACCCUGCUUGCACCUAGAACUCUCAGCAUCCAACAGGCUGACAAUGUCUUUGUCUCCACUGAUGCCUGACAGGAAUUUGUCCCUGAGGAAAAAGCAUUUGAGAAAGCAAAAAAGGGAAGUUUCUAAUAUACUGAAGGACUUAAAGCUACAAGUUAAUACAAAAACUACAAGGCUUAACAUCAAUGAAAAAAAUAUCUGGGAUAGUGCUUUAAAAGGAUUUAGACAACGAAACUUCAGUCCUACAAACACCAUUGAGAUACAGUUCACAAAUUGCAAAAAUAAAUCGAAGACACAUACUUCUGUAGCAAAACUGCGUUUCUUCAAGUUAUUAAUGCUUCAUCUUCAGAAUUCAUCUCUGUUUGAGGGCUCUUCUGCAAAGAAUUUGUCCCUUGAUUUUCAAGCUGUAAAAGAGAAUCUUUAUUUUGAAGCUGGCAAAAUGAUUGCUGUUUCUCUGGUUCACGGUGGCCCAGCCCCAGGUUUCUUUUCCAAAACACUGUUCAACUGUCUUGUCUAUGGUCCAGAAAAUGUGAAGCCAGAUUUGGAAGAUGUUGCUGAUGUUGAUGUAGCACAAACAAUAAAAAUGAUAAAAUAUACUAAUAAUCUGUCCAGCCUACAGUCUACGAUAUAUAACUGUUAUGAAUUUCUUGCUGCUGCUGGAUGCUUAAGACCUAUAACAGAUUUGUCUGAUAAGAACAUGCUGGUGAAUGACUUACUGAUCCAUCAUGUAAUCAAGAGAAUUAAAUCACCCUUGGAAAGUUUUAGUCAAGGUUUGAAAACUCUUGGUGUGCUAGAGAAAAUGCAAGCGCAUCCAGAUGCAUUCUCUAGUAUAUUUUGCCGCAAACUUGAAAGACUUUCAGCAGAAGCUGUUUGUGAUCUCUUUAUUAUCCGUUCCUCAUCAGAUGUAAAUAAAGUCAAAGGUGCUGAUUUUUGGAUUGGUUAUUUGAAAGACGUGGAAAGUGGCGAGUCUGCAGUGACAUUGGAAGAUAUUCUGCUCUUUGCAACAGGCUCUUCUUCUAUACCACCUAUGGGUUUUGAUCCUGAACCUACCCUUAAAUUCUUGCAUAUGAGGUAUCCCAUUGGAAACAGACUCCUCAAUUGCUUAGAGCUCCCUAUAACAAAGACAUACGAGGAGUUUAAAAAAAAAAUGGAGUUCACCAUCAAAAAUACACUAAAAGUCGAAAGAGAAUGAAUAUUUUGCUACUAAACCAGGUAUUAGAAAUUUCCAUUUUCAGCGGGAUCAUCUCCUUGCAAGUUGCUACUGUAUUUUUGGACAGCAUGCUCUUGGCCUUUUUUCAUUUUUUCCACAAUUAUAUGCUAAAAGUAGUAAUCUUGAAAAACAAUUUUCAAAUGAAAAUACACUAUCUGUUGAAUCAUCAUCCUGUUUGAGGUUGGCUUUAAAAUUGAUCUCUCAUUGAUCUCUUGCUUAAGUAUUUUUGAUGUCUACUUUUAGACAUGAAAUGUAUGAAAAAUUAUGAACCUCUAACAUGAAAAUAUAGCAACCUCUAAUAUUUCCACUGGUUCAGACAGGUAAGUAUGUUGAUUGUAUUGCAUACUCCAGUAACUUAUUUGUCAAAGUCAAACCAGGUACAUUUUGAAGAUAACUACUGUAGAGCUUUGUCUCAAGAAAAACUGUGAUGCAGUUCUUCAGUUGUUCCAUGUAUGUUUUUUCAGUAAUUGUUUUUAAAUUCAUGCUACAUCUAUGUUUUGAUGCUUCAUACAAAGCUAUGAAAGUUAAAAAGACAUGGAGUUUUUAAAGUCAUUGUGGUUAUAAUCAAGGUCUGCAAGAAACCUAGGCAAAAUAAUAAGGUGCAAAAGAACAAAAUCUGGUUGAACUUGAGUUUCUGUUUGAUGUUUGCACAUGUUUCUGUGUUCUAUUAUUAUAAUAUUGUUACUUUUUAGGAUGCAUAUAGCCAAAAUAGUAAGAACUAGAAACAAAUCUUGAAUAUGCAAUUAAGUGGUCUUUCAAAGUGAAAGAUAAGAGUGUAAGAUAAGAGUAUGAAAGUGUAAUAACUUUUUGCUCAUCAUAACAUAUUACUUCAUCUUCUAUUUGUAGGAAUAUGCUCUAAAGCAAUUUGUUAAACUAAAAGCAGUUUACCAUCAAGUUUGUCAGUGCCUGACACUUUUCUAGCAGUUAGUUUAAACUUAAUGUUCAAUUGUAGGUGAAUUCUGGGGAACUUCAGCUGUAUAAAAUAUGUUUCUAUUCUGCAGUAUUUAAAAACCGUUAAGACAUAAAAGUGAGUAGUUAAAUUCUUACAUGGUAACACAUUAAUGUUCCUAAUACUAAAACUAUGAGACAAAGCACGGGUUUUUUAAAAGCAUGCAUCUCUCUUGAAAUUACUGUUUCCCUCUGUCAGUCUGUUCACCUAUAUUAUGUGCUGUGCAUGUAUGUAGUGUUAUAUAUUUAUAUUUAUAUACACACACGCACGCAUAUAUCCACAUUCUUCAGAACACUGAAAAGUAAUCAUACUUUUUUGUUGAUAUAGCUUGUUUUUAAUUGAAAAUACUAGCAGGAUUGCUUUUCUUUGGGCUGUCUUAGCAAGAAAGUACAUCUGCAGUAAAUUAUAAAUGGACAGGUGCUUAUAAAAAAAUAAUAAUGCAAACUCACAUGGAUUCAGGUUGUGGUUUAUAGUCCACUGCAAGUAUUUCUCUAAUUAGCAAAUUGUAUUACUAAAUGCUAAUUACUUAGCAGUGUAUUGCAACUCAAGAAAAAUGGAAGUGGCAGUCAAGACUUGCUAUGUUUGGGACCAUGCUGCAAAAGGUUAAAGACAAAUAGGUAUGAGUAUUUAAUUUAGACAGUUCAUUUAACAACAUGGAAGUAUUUUAAGAUCUUUCUUAAACUGACAUACUUUCUCUUUCUUGAUCUUGGGAGAGGUGCUAAUCUUUUUUUUCUACAGACCUGUUUCUAUCUCAAAAGCAUGCAUGCCACUUCUAAUUUUUAAAAUUUUUUAGUUCAAACUCUUUAAAAUUGAAUGGCAUAGGUCAGGCAUUUCUCACUACUUUCAGCGAGGUGAGACAAGCUAAUCUCAUCAAAAUCCUCCCAUUAGAAAUUUUAGAACAUUUGAAAUUAAGAUGGGGCUAGUGGUGUAUUUCUUGUUCUAAGCCAAAAUCAUAUUGAAGUCCCCUUUAAAAUAAAUGAACAAGCUCUUGGGGAAUGUCAUUUGAUUUAAUAUUUAAGCAAGUAUUUUCUCAUUACCUUCUGAAUUUUCUUCUGCAAUAAUAUUCCAUAUUUGUACUCCUCACAUAAUUUUUGAAUGCCAUACUACCAAUAACUUAAUAUUCUUACCCUUCAGAAUGGGCUGUUAGUACCUUAAAAAAAAAGGUAGUUUGUUACAGAUUAAUUUGCAUAAUAAGAAUUUGUGGUUUAUAUUCAUAUAUUUUAAAUAUAUCAAUUAAUGUCCUCCAAAUAGUAUUAUAUUUUUAAAAUAAGUGGUGUACCCACUGUAGCAUUCCUUUUUUUUGUCUAAUUAAUGGUGUCUUCUUUAAUACUAUGUUUUUCUGUAUGGGAAGUACAAAACUCACAGAAGUAGCAAGCAGAUAAUUUUAAAGGACAAUUCUUGGACUUCUGGUACCAGCAAUGGCAAGGGAGAUGGCUUAGAACUUGGAACUAAAUAAAACUGCAUUUUAAAACCUUCAGCGGAAAAAGGAAUAAGGUAGUGUGAAUAUAAGGCUACAGAAAGUUUUCAAGAUAAAAACAGAUUCACCUUUUGCCUAUCAGUUUUGAAUUCAACAGUUGAUAAUUUGUAAAGGCAGAACUAACAUUUAUCAGCUGUAAGAUAAAUCUUAACUUAAAAACUAUAUGCUAUAUAAUGCUAUAUCAAAACUACAAAUUUAUAAAAUCCUCUAUUUUCUAAUACUGAAAAUAUUUUUACUACACAGAACUUGUUCCCAUUUUCUAAUGCUGAUGUACACAUUCAGGACAAGUUGUCUUUCUUGUCAGUUUGAUCAGCUCUAACUAGACAUCAUAGUGUAAGCUUUGACAUAACCAAAGUUGUAUUCCUGAAUGCUGGUAAAGAGAAGAACUUAUAUACAUUUAUAUACACCAAUCUUGAAUUUGCUCUAACUGUUCAUUAACAUUCUGUAGAAUAAGUUGACUUUCAACCCAUCAAAGUAGAGAGAGGUCUCUAGUCUGGAAACCAAGAGCAAUUUUCUGUUGCUGUAAUGACAAAGUUUUUACUUUGCUAUAGCAGGCAGGUCACUGAAGUGCAAUAUUAUCAGGUAGAUUCAUUUUGUGUACACUUUAACCCAAGGCAUACCUGGAAGUUAGAGAAGUUGCUUACUUUCAGUAUUUCUGUAAAUAAAACGAGGAAAAUAACUGCAUAUACAUUAGCUGUUGUGUAUUAAGUAUUUUUUUAUUAAAGUUGCUUUUUUUUUUUUCUCUCCCCGAUAAGGUUUGUCAGGGCCACAAGGGAACUAUUACAGUCCUCUUAGACUGAUUGAGCAAGGAUCUUCACCCUGAAGUUCCUGCAUCAAACCUUAGGCUUUCUUCUAGAAUUAGCACAUCAGUUAAGCUAUGAAUUUUUUAGCAUGAUCAUUUUCUAGUAAACAAAACUAGAUUGGUAUUAAUGGUUUUAGUAUGGUCUCCUUGACAAAACACAUGUAAAAAACCAACCAACCAACCAAAAAACACAAACAAACCACAAGUAUUUUAGACCUAUGUUUAAAACCAAGGUAUAAGAAAUUUCUAUGAGUUCCUUUCCCCUGUGCAAAGGAUGCUUAUUGGAAAAAGCUGUUAGCAUUUUCAAGUGGCUUGAGUCAAAAGGAGAAGAGCUUGAUGUCUGUUUAUACUUGAGGUCUAACUUGUGUGCUGCAGCUUUUACUUUUCUCAGUAUGUAUGUUCAGUCUUGGGACUGGAAUACUUGAGGAUUUUAGAGGUAGGUAUAUUUUAAAUUUAAAGCAUAGUAUUAGUCACAAAUUAACACAAUUCACACUCGUGUGAAUGCAUUUUGAAAACAGUAUCAAGACAUUCUCAUUCAAAUAGAAGGAAAUGCAGCUUUGGAGGCUACAAAAAUAUGUUUUUAAAGUUUAUCUUGAUUCUGUAUUAUAUGGUAAAGCAUUUAACAUUAUAGGGUAAAGCCAUCUAAAGCUCAGGCAUUACUGUUCUUUAUUUGAGGAAGGGGAUUGGCUAGCUGAAUAAAAAAAAUGAAAUUCCAAGACUUCUGAAAUGUCAAGUAUACAGGAAAUCACCAUCAAAAUAUUAAUGUUUGAAAAUAACCCACUGAUUUUGUAUUGCAUAACCAGUGUUCUUUUUAAAGUUAUGGUAAUGAGAAUAUUACACAAGAAAGUAUAAUUUUGUAAAUAGUUUUAUCUCUAACUUGAACUGCAGAAUCAGUGCCUGAAAUGUUGCAUCUUCAAUCAACAUUAUUUCAACACUGAUGCUACACCUGUUGAGUAUAAUCAGUAAUUGUGGGAAGUAACUGUUAUGUGUAUUUUCAGAGUGCAAUAAAGGAUUAAAUUUGUUG